AUGAUUCUGCAAGAAGUCGUCCUAUGCGCCACUGCACCCCAGGCCUCUGGCUCAGGCUCAGGCGCAAUCGUUCUACAUGACGUCCAGACCGGUACAUCACUUGCUUCCUUCAAGCAGUCUAGCUCUGCUCCGCACUGCACAUCAUUUGUCGAAACGCGCGAUGGCCAGGGAGGGUUCAUCCUCGCAGCACAACAAGACAAAUCAAUCCUAAAUGUCUACAACUUCCAAAAGGACCAACUCGCAUUUAAAAUAGUGCUCCCUGAAAGGCCUUCGUGCAUUGCGCUGGAUCAUUCAGGAAGCUUCUGUGCAGGAGGGACGACCCAAGGUCGAAUAUAUGUGUGGGAGGCGCGCAUCUUGUACAACUCUUGGGACGCCCACUAUCGCCACGUCAAUGUCCUCAAAUUCACCCAUGACGGCGCUGCCCUUAUUUCAGGCAGUGAUGACUCUAGUGUUAGUGUUUGGUCCAUGGCUAGAAUUGUCGACAAUGACACGCAAAAUGAACUUCCGACCCCAUAUUGUACGCUAUCAGACCACACCCUACCAGUAAAAGACAUCGUUUGUGGCCUUGGCGCAUUCCCUACUUGUCGCGUGCUCACUGCGUCCCUUGAUCAUAGUGUAAAACUCUGGGAUCUAUCUUCUCAGUCGUUGUUGACUACCUUCCACUUCCCUAAACCCAUAUCAUCAGCAGUUUGGGACAUCACCGAACGCUUAUUUUUUGCUGCCUCACCGGAUGGUUCCAUAUACCAGGUCAACCUUUUCCGCCAACGAACCGAAAAACACGCUGGUCAGACGAUCGAAGCCGUUGGAGGCGCAGGCGUCAGCGAUCUCAUCCGUGUCGCCGACGAGGACAGCAACAGUCGAAAGCGUCUCAUAACAGUCGACCAACCAAUAACCGUUCUCACCAUCUCCCUCACCAGCUCGCUUCUUCUUGUGGGCACUACUACGGGGCUCAUCCAAAUCUACGACAUUGCCUCUCACCAGCUCCUUCGCACCAUCUCAACACACAAGGGCAUGUCAAUAUCCCAUCUCGCGACUAUGCUCAAGCCGCCUGACCUUGUCGGACACAUCAGCCUGUCCCUCAGCGUUGGAAGUUCCGCCGAUGCGAAAGACAUCAUUCCUAUGCGCCCUAUCGUGCCGUUCCACCGUACAAAAGAUUCAAAGGCAAGGGAGGCGCACGAGGUGGCGAUGAUACUUCCCGUGCAGGAUGAGACCCCUGGAGGCAUACCAAGCGCUUACGACUAUCCCGAAGCCGAGUUUCAACGAGAUUAUGCGUUUUUCGUACAACCGAGUGCGAUUGCCACCUCGGAGGCAUCGAGUGCGCGUGUUGCCAAACUUGAGGCUGAGGUAGAGAACUUAAGAGAACAACUUGGGAAGGCGAAGGGGAUUAACGAUGUGAUGUGGGAGACGGUUGUGCAGAAGGUCAUGACACAGGAAAAACAAAAUGCCUCCUGCACUUCGAAUACGUUUGAAUCUUAA